CAGCCUGUUGCGCGGACACUGCUGGAGCAUCAUGUCGUGGCUCUUCGGCUGGAGGAAGGGUUCCGGGUCGCCGCCGGCGGAGGAGCAGGCAUCGGCUGCUCCCGCUGAAGGGGCCGCGGGAGCACCGGGAGGUCCGGGGGGGAACAAACCCGGAGACAAGUGGAGUAAUUUUGACCCGACUGGGCUGGAGAGAGCUGCUAAAGCUGCAAGGGAGCUCGACAAAUCACGACACGCUAAGGAAGCGCUGGAGCUAGCUCGUAUGCAGGAGCAAAGUGUACAACUGGAGCAUCAGAGUAAAGUGAAAGAAUAUGAGGCGGCUUUGGAGCAGAUGAAGGGCGAGCAGAUCCAACUGCAGGGGGAGGAGAGGCGGAAAACACUGGGAGAGGAGACAAAGCAAAACCAAGCAAGGGCACAUUAUCAAGACAAACUUGCCAGACAGAGGUACGAUGAUCAGCUCAGGCAACAGCAAUUCCUCGCUGAGGACAAUCUUCGCAAGCAAGAGGAAUCUGUUAUGAAGCAAGAGGCUAUGAGGAAAGCUACCAUUGAACAUGAAAUAGAGCUGAGACACAAGAAUGACCUGCUUCGAGUUGAAGCGGAGGCCAAAGCUCGCGCUCAGGUGGAACGGGACAAUGCAGACCUGAUUCGGGAACAGAUCCGCCUGAAAGCUGCUGAACACCGACAAACUGUCCUUGAAUCUAUAAGGACGGCAGGAGCAGUGUUUGGGGAAGGAUUGAGGGCCUUCAUCUCUGACUGGGACCGACUCACUGCCACGGUCGCUGGGUUGACCCUGCUGGCAGCAGGAGUGUAUUCCGCCAGGAAUGCCACAUCGGUGGCUGGGCGCUACAUAGAGGCUCGUCUGGGCAAGCCCUCACUGGUCCGAGAGACCUCCAGGUUAACGGUUGCAGAGGCCAUCAAACACCCGAUCAAGACAGCCAAGCGUCUGAGAAGCAGACCACAGGAUGCCUUAGAGGGCGUGGUGCUCAGUCCAGCUCUGGAGGAACGUGUGAGGGACAUUGCCAUCACCACUCGUAACACCAAACAGAACAGAGGCCUGUACAGGAACAUCCUGAUGUAUGGACCCCCUGGAACUGGAAAAACACUCUUCGCCAAGAAAUUGGCUCUCCAUUCAGGGAUGGACUAUGCCAUCAUGACUGGUGGGGAUGUGGCACCCAUGGGGCGCGAUGGAGUCACUGCCAUGCACAAGGUGUUUGACUGGGCCAGUACCAGCAGGCGAGGCCUCUUGCUGUUCGUAGAUGAAGCUGAUGCUUUCCUGCGUAAGCGAGCCACAGAGAAAAUCAGCGAGGACCUCAGGGCUACCCUCAAUGCAUUCCUCUACCGCACCGGGGAGCAGAGCAACAAGUUCAUGCUUGUGCUUGCUAGUAACCAGCCGGAACAGUUCGACUGGGCGAUUAAUGACCGCAUCGAUGAGAUAGUAAACUUUGCAUUACCAGGUCUGGAGGAGAGGGAAAGAUUGGUGCGCCUGUAUUUCGACAAAUUUGUUCUGGGUCCUGCCACUACAGGGAGACAGAGAUUAAAGUUGGCUCAGUUCGACUAUGGACAGAAGUGUUCAGACAUUGCAAAGCAAGCCGAGGGCAUGUCCGGCCGUGAAAUUUCUAAACUUGGUGUGGCCUGGCAGGCUGCCGCCUACUCUUCUGAAGAUGGAGUUUUGACUGAAGCGAUGAUUGCCUCAAGAGUUGAUGAUGCCAUCAAGCAGCAUGGACAGAAAAUGGACUGGCUGCUGAUGGAAGCAGGUGUGGGGGUUGGCAAGGUCGGCGUACUCCUCCCCAAGGAGACGGCUGCAGGAAUAAUAUCGCAGGAAGCUGCUUCCCUUGUACCAAUUGAAGAUACGACCCCAACCGUAGAAGUCCUUCCUCUCCUCGAGGUUGUGAGCAGCGCUGCCCAGGCAGAAGCAGCUGUAGGAACUCCAACUUUGAAUGAAGCAGAACCAGUUGAAACCAUUGUUGAGACAGCUACUGCUGUCCCAUUAGUGCAGGAGUUCGAGGCCAUCAAGGACCUGACUAAAGAGGCUGUAGGCACAGCUGUAGCUACAGACACUGUUGUACCUGAGGUGAAGGAUAUAGUCACUGAGGUUAAAGACUGUGAGGGCAUAUCAGCUUCCACCGCAGAAGAGACUGCUGUUGUGAGUAAAGAGGAGCCAAUUACUGAUCCAGUGCAAGAAACAGAGGCCACAGUAGUAGUCAAGGAAGAAACUGAUGUUGCAGUAAACUUAGAAACGACAGUCUCUGCUGUUGCCCUGGAGAAGGAAUUUGAUGCUGUUGUCUCUAAUGUUGUCCAGGAGUCAGAGCCUACAAUAGCCGGACUCUCCCAGGAAACUGUUGUCCAGGAAAAUAAAUCAGCAGCCACCUCUGUUGAUGAUGUAGAAAACGAAGCCACUAGGACUGCUGAGGAAAUAGCAAGUAAUGCUGCAGAGGGGGCAGGUAUUGCACACAAUGUAGCUCAAAUGACUGACUCCAUGGCAAACAUUGUAAAAGAGGCUGAAGCAAUAGCAACUGAUGUAGCUAAGGUGGCUGAUGCUGUAGCAACCAUCGCAGAAGAGAUGGAGGCAGUAGUCACAAAGGAGGUUGAAGCGAUGGAAAGUGAUGUUGUCAAGAACGCAAAUGAGGUUGUAGCGGAAACUGAGUCUGAAACGUCAGAGGUUACUAAAGAGGCUAAGGUGGUGGUGACAGAGGUGGAGUCAAAGAGUAUGGAUACAGAGGUUUUUAAGGAGGUCAAACCUGCGAUGAUUGAGACUGCUGCCAAGGAAGCUGAAGUCAUCCCAACAGAGGAGGAACCCAAGGAGACACGGACUACUGCCACACAGUUGACCACAGAGACUGAGACUUUGGCUACAGAGACUGUGAAAGACCCUUUAUCUGCAGAGAUUGCUGCCAAGGAAGCACAAGUCCUACCAACCAAGGAGGCUGACACUGUGCCCACAGAAGACAUGAAAUGGCCUGAAACUACUGAGGUUGCUGCAAGGGAAGCUGAGGCAAAACCAGUAGAGACUGUAGAGGAGGUAGAGACACUAGUAAAAGAAGUGUCUGAUGAGAAAGACUCAGCAGCUAUUCCCAAUGAAGCAGACGUCAACCCAACAGAGGUUUCCAAGGAAGCAGAAGUCCUACCAAUUAAAAUAAUCCCAACAGAAACUUCCAUAAAAACUGAAGCCACAGCUUCAGAGGUAGUAAAAGAGGCUCAGACAGUGGCUGUAGACUUUGCCAUGGAGACGCUGACUACAGGGAUUGUCAAACAGCCUUUAUCUACAGAGAUUGCUGCCAAGGAAGCACAAGUCCUACCAACCAAGGAGGCUGACUCUGUGUCCACAGAAGACGUGAAACUGCCCGAGACUACUGAGGUUGCUGCAAGGGAAGCUGAGGCAAAACCAGUAGAGACUUUAGAGGAGGUAGAAACAGUAGUAAAAGAAGUGUCUGAUGAGAAGGACUCAGCAGCUGUUCCCAAAAUAGAAACCAAGGUUGAGUCUGUCGUGUCAGAACCUACUGAGAAACUUGAGAUUUUAACAACCAAGAAGUCAGCUGCCUCUCAGAUUCCCAGCACUGAAGAGGCUGAACCUAGUCAAACUGAGAAGCCUCUUUCAAACAAACAGAGUGGAGAUGCUAACCACAAACCAUAAGCCAAGCCAAGCCAAGCCAAGCCAAGCCAAGCCAAGCCAAGUCUAGUCUAGUCCAACAAAAUAAUGACUGGGGAUCUUUGAUGAAAUGCCAUUGUCAAUGAAGAGCUGUUGUAACUCUUAAACAGCUCUUGGACAGGUUGAGCUUUAAGUCUGAAACAUUCACCUUGAAUUCUAUGUGCUCUUCUAUCAACAUGUGUAUAGCUCAGUUACUGCAAAUGUCAUGAUUCAAGUAAUAUUUUGACAAUAGCCUGUGGGUUUGCAGGACUCUGAGGUAAAGGAUGUGCGCACCACUGGGGCUGGCCUACCACUUCAUUCCACUUCAUUCCUUUCUAUCUUCUGGUCAUUAUUGCCAUUUUUAAAGUCUGUAGCUGCGUGACAUUUUGAAGAUUUUCCCUCCGAAAGAGAUGUUCUUGCAUGUUUGCCAACCGAUUCUGUAAAGAGUUGAAUUCCACAUGUACAAAAUGUUUAAGAACCUUUCUUAACAGAGAGAGUUGUUUGUAACUUGUAAGCCUGUCACGUGGUCACAUGUCACUGUCUCAGUGUCACAGCUGCUAACGUUGGAUGAGAGCUUUGACACACAAAAGAUUUAAUGUCUUUGUCUGAGAAUAACUAAUAAUUAAUGUUGGUGCAUAAUGAAUAAUUUUGGAUGACUGUUUCUUAUUUCAUGGGCUAUUUGGGAUUUUUGUGGUAAUGCCUAUAUAAGUUUUUUUUUUUUUUUUUUUUAAAUGCAGUAGUGCACUACUGAUUUGGACCUCAAUUACAAGGUUGAAGCUUUGCAGCUUUGAGGCAUACGGCUAAGCCCUUCUGACAGUGUGACACUAGGUUUGCAGUAACCCAGCUUCCCCAAUAGCCACAGUUUACAUCAGGUGUUUGACAUUUGUUUUUUCUACUGUUUCUAGCCAUACAGGUCUUUUACAAAUACACUGCUUGAAGUCCAGGUGGCUGUGUGACCUUUCUCGCACUUGUGCAGAUUAAAAAAAACACACGACAGUGCAAAAAAAUCAGGUGUAGUUUAUAUUGGAUCUAAAAUGAUUAGUCAACUAAUCAGUUACUCAAUAAUUAAUCACUGACAUAAUUUUUAAUGGAAAAACGGCCAAACAUUCAGGUUUCAGCCUCUCAGAUGUGAGGCUUUUCUGCCUUUUCUGAGUUUUAAAUCCCUGUACUUGUAAUAUCUUUGGCUUUCAGACUGCUGGUUGGACAAGAGAAGCAAAUUUAAAGAUGUCAACUUAGGCUGUAGAAAAUUGCUAUACAUGUAUUAUAGAUUUAACAGUGCCUUUACUAAUCUUUCUUUACAUGAGUGUUUAAUCAAUAAUGAAAAUAAUCAUUAGUUUCAGCUGUAGUUUAUAUAUUCAAAUAAUAAUGGACAUUGUGAAUACAUGAAGCAGGCAGUAUUUAUGACUGUCAAUGCAGACUGAUGUAUUUGUUAAAGAAUAUCCAACCAAGAUGAAAAUGUUCUUUUAAAAGCCCUCACUUCCUCUGGAACGUGUCACAAUCUAUCCCUGGAUGAUAAUAUUGGCAGGCUUUUUUUCUCAGCAGCAUCGGGAUGUCAUUGGCAUCCCGAUGUCAUUUCAGAAGUAUUGUUAGUCAGUGCUUAUGAAAUUUCUGUUUGAAUUUAUAAUAAACAGAACUGAAGUUGUCA